UCUUGUUUUAAUUAAUGUGUUGGUAAAAGUGUCAAAAAUAUUGAGUACAGUUGAAAUGUUUAAGUUAAAUUGUUUGAACAGAUUGUUUUUGGUGAAUGCCUACAAUAAGAAGUUUAAGUGCUGGCUUGGUAUCAUCGUGCCAACCCAUAUUUGAUGACUUAAUUGCAUAAUCUUACCCCACAUUUUAUAUAAAUAGAGAUGAUGAAAUGAUUGCCUUAAUUUGACCAAUAACAACAUAAAGUCGCCGAACAUCCAAAUGAUUAAACGACCAAAAUGGAGCAUCGACUCGACGCAAAUUCCAGCUUUCUGCUAAAUGAUUCUUCACUAGAACUUUUCGACACCGCAUUCAAUAACGCGACAUAUUAUUCUGAUAAUAUAACAACGGUGAGCUUGGCGGAACUUUUCGGACCAGAACGCGAUUCCUUGUUGAUAGUGAUCCCCAUUACCAUAAUUUACGCGGCCAUUUUCAUAACAGGAGUUAUCGGUAACAUAAGUACGUGCAUCGUGAUUCGAAAAAAUCGAUCUAUGCAUACCGCAACCAACUACUACCUAUGCAGUUUAGCUAUCUCGGAUUUUCUGCUACUUUUGUCUGGUGUUCCUCAAGAAAUGUAUUUCAUAUGGUCAAAAUAUCCUUACGUAUUCGGUGAAGUGUUCUGUAUCGGCCGCGGUUUUGUUGCAGAAACGUCAGCUAAUGCAACAGUCCUGACAAUAACAGCAUUUACGGCGGAACGCUACGUCGCUAUAUGUCACCCUUUUAUGGCGCACGCAAUGUCGAAAUUGAGCCGGGCGACAAGGAUCAUUCUAUUUAUAUGGUUCGCUUCCUUUAUGACGGCGAUUCCGCAAGCAGCGCAAUUCGGGUUAGUGUACCAAUACGGAGUGUCGCAGUGUAUGGUGCUCAGAGUUAUAAUCAAACACUCAUUCCAAUUAUCAACAUUUAUAUUCUUUUUUGCACCAAUGUCGAUAAUUUUCGUUUUAUAUCUGUUAAUCGGACUGAAACUUUAUCAAACUAAUUUGGUGCGAAGUUCCAACGGAAAUAUUUUGCAAAGGGUAAAUGGGAACAACUCAUUGCGAUCGCAAAGCCAACAUGGAACCAAAAGAGUGCUAAAAAUGUUGGUGGCAGUGGUAAUUGCAUUUUUCAUCUGUUGGGCACCAUUCCACGCUCAACGUUUAAUUGCUGUCUACGGAACUGAUCCUAAGGAUCCGCUUGUGAUACAGUUGUACACGAUAAUGACAUACGUAUCGGGUGUUUUAUAUUAUUUAUCGACGUGUAUAAAUCCAUUGUUAUAUAAUAUUAUGAGCAACAAAUUUCGGCAAGCUUUCAAGGAGACACUGGAGCAAUGGAAAAUAUGUUCAUCAAAGACAGACGAGCCGAAGCGGAAAUACAAUGUCCUGUCGCGGCCAAAGCGAUUGCGAGUUACGUUCCAAGAAUCCACAGAUUAUACGAGCAGUUCUCAACGAGAAGAAAGUUUCCAGUCAACUACUUCCUUCAAAUUCGACACCAUGACACCUGCACACCAGCGUUGUAUAAUUCACCAGGAAAAGCUGGCAGCUUCUGUCAGCAAGAAUUCAUACAACCGCUCUCGACUAUUACCCAAACAAAAUUUCGAUAAAUGUCUCCACGGAAUCGACAUUCGUUCUGUAUCAUCAUCAUGUGAGCAAUAUCAGGAUUCAAUUGUCAAAAUUGAUGAAAUCGACUUGCCAUCAAGAGAUGCUAGCCUAAAUGUAGUGUACACGAAGCAAGGUGAUAUACAAAUAAGACUGCAACGGAAACCACCAAAAAAGAAGGGCAAACAACGCUUUUUUCGUCUAUUCAACUAUUUCGCAAGAGCUCUAAAAUCGCGCCCGAGUCCUACACAUAUGGGAUUCUAUACUCCUCCAAUUGAUGACAAUUCAUCGCUGUACAAUCUGAACUCCUCAGAGAAAAUUUCAACUGGAAGUGCUGCCGAUGAGGGUUUUGACAACAUAAGUAACAGUAGCCUAAAGGAUGUGGAUCCUGUUGCAUUGGCCAACGAACUAUCGGGCUACAUUCAAAAUUUCCGAGCUCCAAAGAACCAAGCUUAAUUGAUGGAGUGCUACGUGGAAUUGAUGCUAGUCAGAGAGACGACAGUGAACACAAGGUGGUUUUAUUUUUUUCUGACAAUGGUAAAGGAAGAAUGGGAUCCUUGAAGGCCACUAUCAAAAUUCAACGUAACUCAUCAAUGGAAAUGCUGGUACAUGUGAUAUUUUUCUCUCUAUAAAUAAUUAGUAGCAAACGAUAUGCACGUACACUUCAAUGUACAUACAUAUGUUACAAAUGUGUAUAAUUAAGUCGUUCUAAAAAUGUUAUUGCCGUCAUUCAUUCAGCAUAAAUGUAAGUUAGGAAAAUUGCAUCUGACUUUAAUUGAAAUUUAAACUAAUUAAAGUUAUUAUUGGAAUGUGAUAUUUUAUAAAAUUAGAUAGCUUAUGAUAAAGGAGCAUUUCAAAAUUUCAACGAAUAUAAAAAUUGCAUUGAAAAAUUUCCCAUCGGUUCAAUAAUUUAUUAAAGAUAAAUUUGAAACUAGACAAAUUUUAUCUAUUGAAAUUUAUUUGUUUAUGUGAAAGUUAUUGUUCAUAAGAUGUAAGGUGUAAAGCAAAUCUUCUUGACGAAU